AGACUCCGCAUAGCCUUCUCUCUCUCUCCCCCUCUUCCCCUCUCUAAAACAAAAAUAACCCUUUUUCUCUCACUAGAAUUUAUGCGUGUAUAAAUAAAUUUGCAAUUUUGUUUGGUAACUGAAUUUGCAUUAGCUGAUAAAAAAUCAUAAACACAAAUUAAAACAAGUAGUAGAAGACGAAGCAGAAGAAGAGGAGGAGGGCAUAUUGUAGAGGAGGUUGAGCAUGCCCUCUAUUUGUAUUCUCAUUAUGCCUCCUCUCAGAUCUUAAAUUAUCAAUUUUGAUGAGAUUUACCAUCUGGGCUUUUCUUUAAUCGGUUUGAUAGAUUCUAGAUUGUUGGUUGGCUGAUUGAUCGUUGAAGGAUCUGAUAAGUUUUUGGUUUUUGUGUCAAACAAAAACACAGGAGUUCUGUUGUGUGUUUUUUUCUUAAUUGUCUAAAUAAAGUGUAAAACACGUUUACCGAGUUGAAGCGGGCUUUCGAUUGUGUAAAAAGAGAUUAAAGAGAAAAACAAAAAAAUGCAAUCUGACAGUGGCAAGCUAUUCAUUGGUGGAAUUUCAUGGGACACCAAUGAAGAAAGGCUCAAGGACUAUUUUCAAUCUUUUGGGGAGGUAGUAGAGGCUGUGAUAAUGAAAGAUCGCACCACAGGGCGUGCCCGUGGAUUUGGCUUUGUUGUCUUCUCUGACCCAUCUAUUGCAGAGAGAGUCAUUAAAGAAAAACACAGCAUUGAUGGCAGAAUGGUUGAAGCAAAAAAGGCUGUUCCCAGGGAUGAUCAGAACAUGCUGAGCAGAAACAGUGGCGGUAGCAUCCAUGGUUCUCCUGGUCCAGGGCGUACAAAAAAGAUCUUUGUAGGAGGCUUAGCAUCCACUGUUACAGAAAGUGACUUUAGGAAAUAUUUUGACCAGUUUGGGCUCAUCACAGAUGUUGUGGUGAUGUAUGAUCAUAACACACAGAGGCCAAGGGGAUUUGGGUUCAUCACUUAUGAUUCUGAGGAGGCAGUGGACAAAGUUUUGAUGAAGACUUUUCAUGAACUGAAUGGCAAAAUGGUUGAGGUUAAGCGAGCUGUUCCCAAAGAGUUAUCACCCGGUCCCAGUCGCAGCCCACUUGGUGGAUAUAACUAUGGCCUAAAUAGGGUUAAUAGCCUCCUUAAUGGCUACACUCAAGGAUAUACUCCAGGUGCAGUUGGAGGUUAUGGACUUAGAAUGGAUGAUAGGUUCAGUCCGGUUGCUGGUGGUCGAAGUGGUUUCCCUCCAUUUGGUUCUGGUUAUGGAAUGGGUUUGAAUUUUGAGCCAGCAUUGAGCCCUAGUUAUGGGGGGGAUGCAAAUUUUAAUAGCAAUCUCAGCUAUGGUCGAGGAAUGAGUCCUUACUACAUUGGUAAUACCAAUAACCUUGCUAGACCUGUAGGAUAUGAUGGAGGUAAUGGAGGAAAUACUUCAUUUUUCAGCUCAGCAACAAGAAAUCUGUGGGGAAACGGGGGGCUCAAUUAUAACACCAACUCUACAAGUUCAAAUGCAUACAUAGGAUCUGGAACUGGAAGCCUUGGAGGAAGCACCUUUGGCAACAGUGGAGCUAAUUGGGGUUCUUCAUCUCUUUCAGGUCAAGGUGGAGGAAAUAAUGUUUCUAAUAGCAGUCUGAAUUUUGGGUAUGGAAGUGGUGAAAAUAGUUUUGGUCAGGGCAUGGGUAGUUAUGCAAGAAAUAGUGGGAACAAUGGGGCCCCAACAUCAUCAUAUGCUGCAUCAAAUGGUAGCUUUGAUGGAGCAUUUGCUGACCUUUAUGGUGGUAGUUCAGAUUACAGGUACCCCACUUGGCAGCCGUCAAAUUCCGAGCGAGAUGGAUCUGGUUCUUUUGGUUAUGGCCUCGGGAAUACCACCUCUGAUGUUCCAGUACAAAACUCUCCUGGUUAUGCUGAUGGUUAUAGUGUUAAUAAGAGACAGUCAAAUAGAGGUAAGAGCUCCUAGUCUAGUACAUCCAUCCAACUGCUUGCUCUGGUUCUUUGAAAGUUCUUUCUCAAUAUUACCAAAUAAAUCCACACUGAAUCAUUAAAGUUGCUCCUAAUGUUCUGAGAGUUAAGUAUGCUUCAUAACCAGUAGUAGCAUAAGCGAUUAGUCUACAUUUUCUUUUCAUUUUCUUUUCAUUAUCUAUAUAUCCAUGCGCAUAUGUACAGAUGUGAAAAAAUUACAAAUGGUUUACACAAAACCUUUGUAAUUUUUGAAACAUGAAGAAAUCAAUUUGAAACAGGUAGCUAUUAUAGCAUGUCUUGUUUUGUUCACUACAAGGAUUCUCAUCUUGCACUCGCUGGAUGUGGGAGUCUCCCUACAACAACGAGUUGAUUUCUAUUGUUGAAAGUGUUGCUUUAACCCAAGUCGUUGAACUGCCACAUUAUUUGUUCUUUUUUACAGUAUGAAAAAGGAAUAAUGUUCAAGUGUCUAGUUUCAAAUGUCUGAACUUAAUUUUGCAGUUCAUGAAAUGUAGCAAACAAUUGAUUAGCAGAAAUUUACAUAACCUCAUGGUUGGUGCAAUAGUUGACUGAGUAAUUAAUAAUUCAAUGUGCUGUGAGGAACAUGAUCUUGUACGCCAUACAUACAUCAAAUGUCUCAAAUUCUUGUCUCUGUUGUAGAUUCAUUAGAAACCAUGGGCUAAUCACAAUUUUGGGAUGGGCACCCCCACACCCUGUGCAGAAUAUUUAGUUAUUAAUAAUGCUGAGAGUUCAAUAUCAUCAUUUUCCAUUUUCAUGAAUUAACAUUCUUGGUCUUGAGGUUCAGAGGAGCAAUCCAAACUAUCGUCACAAUUGUCAUAUGAAAAGUGAAAAAAGAAGAUGUUCUCUGUGCAUAUAUUGAUUGGAAAAUGAGGCUAGAAAAGCUUAGGCUGUGUUUACUUUUAGAAUACCUUUUAGUUUCCAUUUCUAGUUUUCUUAAUUUAUUCUAAAAAGACUUCUUCUUGGAAAAUUAAGGAAAUGUGUUUACUAAUACAAAAUUUUCAAAAUAUAAAAUAAGGUCCUUUUUGGCUUGCAUUGAAAAUAAUAAAAGAAAGGGGCUUAAAAAAUUAGGUGAGCUGAACAAUGCCCUUAUCUCUAAUAAGAGAGAAUUUGGAAAACAACUUUUUGAUGUUUUUCAGUUUUCUAAAGGAAUAGAGAGAUAGAAAACACGACCAAGAAAACAAUUUUUAUUCUUAACUAGAAAACCCCUUUUCUUUAGUUUCUAUUUCUUAGAAAAUCUUUCAAGAAAACUGAAAAACUUUACUCAAGUAGACACAACAUUGAUUUUUGUUUAGUUGUCUGCAUGAUUUCUCGCUUCAGUUGCAUGUUCUCCCUUCAUUUGUCAUGUGUUUGUGACUUUGUGAAUUGCCAUUAAAUUGCUCAUUCUUUCUGGUGCAUUUAUUGCAAGUUUGCCUCGUUCCCAUUGUUGAGAUGUAGAUAGUUGAUGUUUACCUUGCAAGGUUUAGUUCUAUUCUAUAGUAUCUUUGUUGAUAUUGAUUUAAUUUGUAUCCCUGUGUCAUGAGAUGUUUUUCUCGAUUGAUAAAGCACCAGUGAUUAGCACAAAAGUUUUUUCUGCCUCUUCAAGUCUUUUGUCUUUGUGGUUGAUUUUUACAUGAUGUAAAACCAUGAAUUUUCUCCACUAUUAUUUAUGCACUAUUACACACUGUACUCCCUCCAUUCCAUUUUGUUUACCAUUCUGUUUUGAAGUGCCUGCUAAUUUUUGUCAGUAAAAAGAAUUCAAAUGGUGUAAUUAUUUUUCCUCCUAUAAUAUAUUCUUUCACAACAAUAGUUUCAUGUUGGAUAGGAAAUUGGUUUCAAAUAUGCAUAUGUUUUAUGUUAUAUUAAACAAUAUUAUUUUUGUCUCCAAUUGCUUUUAUUUUGCAUCUGUAAUCUCCAUAGUUUUCCUCGUAUUUCUUAGUAUUUUAGACCUUUAAGUUUUGCAGUGAUCUGUUUCAGUUUGGAUUUUUCAACGAUCCUAGUAUUAUCAUCUUAACAUUGGGAUUAUACCUUGGAAGUUAGUUUAUAGCCAAUGUCGAAAAUAAAAGGCAGAUCCCAGUGUUGGCCUCUAGCGUAGGCUUAUCAAGAUUGGAUGUUAAUUCAAAUUUCCACUAUGACUGUGCAUUGAAGGGAGAACUUGCUCGAUUCCUCAUGUGCUUUCCUACCAUGUUGUCCUUGCUUCUAAAUAUAAACUUGCGUUGUGGCAUUAAUCUUCUUUUAUGCUUUGUUGGCUUGAAAAAUACCAUGUUGAGAUCUUCUGUCUACUUGGAAUUUUGUGUCAAUUGGUUCCCCUUUUGACCCAACUGUUUCAUGAACUAAGGUGUUUUCACCUGUGAAUCUGACCCAGUCCACAUUUUGAGGAUUUUGGUUUGAGGAUUUUGAAUUAGAAGUUCAACCAUAUGCUUUGCAAAUAAAGAUUCAGAUAGAAUGGUGUAGAAGGCCUGGAAUGUGUGCAUGUAAUGAUAACAGACUAAAUGACUAAUUUAUCACGCUUUAGUUGCUGCAUUUGCAAGUUUAGGUAAUCACGUUGUCCUGGAGGCUUCCUAUGAUAGUAUUUCAUAUUAGUGAAAAAAAAAACUAGUUGUAAGGGAUUGAAUUGUGUAAAUAAAAACAUUCUUUAGUUCUGAGCACGUUGAUUGUAGUUUGUAUGCUUAUUGAUAAGAUGUAAAAAGGAUAAGGAAGAUUAUGAAAUUGGGAAUGGUGGGCCUGGGAAUUCAUGCGAUUAGGGACCUAUAAGAAGAUUGAAUAACAAAGACAGACGGAAGUCAGUGAUGUUUCAAAGAAUAAAUUUUUCAGUGAAGUAAGGAGGUUUCUUUUCUAAAUAAUAAUUCCUAGAUUACAAGCUCACUGAUUUUGAAGUUUAAUUCCUGGAUUAUAAGUUCACCAAUUUGUGAGGGAUGGGUUGCUAAGGUAACACAAUCCACUCACAUGAAUACAAUUUUGCAUUUAUUCAUUAUGUUGGAGCAUCUUUCUUUAUCAUUGUGUUACAAAUAUCUAUUAAAUAUGUGGUUCUACAUCUUGUUUGUUGACUGAACUGCUUAAGUUGUACUGUACCAUCCAUUUAGCUAAGAAAUGAGUGCGUUCCAAGUAUCUGUAUGAUUAUUAUGUACAACGCAAAAUUCUUUGAUUUGCUUCACUGGUAUUCAUGCUGAUGUCAACGGUUUUCUUUGUGUAAUUUAAUUUUUUCCCCUGCAAUUUUUGAACUGAAAUUUUUUGCACAAAUCAUAGCCAUUUUAAUUUGUUGACAACCAAUUCCAGGGAAAUUUACAUGGUACAAUUUGAUGAAUUGAUUUAAUUGUGCCUCAACCUUUAGAUUUUGAGGGAUUUUCUUCUAAUUUUUUUCAGGAAUUGCUGCCUAGCUGGAUCAUUUCAGUUAUCAUGAUAUAUUAAGUGGAGAUAUUCCGGUGACUCAG